AUGAGUGACCCAACAGAGAAGAACAACUCCAUUCAAGAACACAUAGAUCAGACAUUUCCAGAGAGGAGCGGUCAGAUUGGACAGAAGCAACUGCAACAGAUAGAACGGCAGUUAAAAUGCUUGGCAUUUCAAAAUCCUGGACCACAGGUGGCAGAUUUUAACCCUGAAACAAGGCAGCAGAAAAAGAAAGCAAGGAUGUCGAAAAUGAAUGAAUAUUUUUCUGUGAAGUACAAAGUCACGAAAAAGUAUGACGAAAGCGGCAGGCUCAUCUGUAAUGACGUGGACCUGUGUGACUGUCUAGAGAAGAACUGCCUGGGAUGCUUCUACCCUUGUCCCAAGUGCAACUCCAACAAGUGUGGGCCCGAGUGCCGAUGCAACCGGCGCUGGGUAUAUGACGACAUUGUCACUGAAUCUGGGGAGAUCAUCAGCACCCUGCCAUUUAGUGUUCCUGAGUAG